AUGGCGCGAGCCUCUGCACGCAUCAAGGCACAACCCGCCGUCGAGCCCAAACAGGAACCAGAGCCCUCAUCACCCCGGGUCGCGAAAACGGCUGCGAGCGCAAAGACGGCUGCAAACGCCAAGGCCAAGGCGACAAAGGCAAAGGCCUCGCCCCAGAAACCGGCGCCCAAGCGCAAGGCCCAAAAGGACGAAGACGCCAGCUGCGACAGCUGCGCCGAGAAGGACGAGUCUUCCGACGACGACGAGAAGCCGGCCAAGAGGAGGAAAACCACGGCAGCACCCAAGUCGGCAGCCGCCGCCAAACCAGCAGCAGCAGCAAAAGGAGGCAAAGCCGCCAAGGCCAAACCGGCAGCAGACGACAUGCCGCUCGCCGCCCCGCACGGGCCGUGA